GCGUACGUGCCAGUGCUGCCUGGUAUGUGCUGCUGUGUCGCCUGUGGUUCUCAUGUGUUGUCGUUUAUUCUUAACCCGCACGUGUGUGUUACCUGUUAUUUUAAACUCUCGCGGACCUGAGGUGUUGCCGUAGUUCGUGCUGGAGAUUAAAUCCGGACCGGAUAUGCGAUAAAGCGUUAGCUUUGGGUUUAGUUAGCAAGUUGCUAACUACUUGUAGCAGUUAUAGGUUAAGCUGGGCUGUGUCCUUAAAAUGCGUUUAGCGGGAUAACUACUCAGUUUUUAGUUUUGUAGAGAAAUAGAUUAAUAACCUGCCAGCUGUCGGAGGAAAUACCUGUGAGGUAAAAGUUCUACAGGUCAUUUAGCAGUUACAGAGGAGCUUUGUGGACCAGGUGACCUUCCCUGACAGCUGGGUGAGAGUCUGUGAUUUCACCGGACAUGUGAUUUAUUAUUUUAUUUCUCAUGGUUGUGUGCUCACUUGUAAGAAUGAGUCGCCGCUCUGUGGUGAACUUUGUGAGCCUGGGGACCCGAGCUGCCAGCCUGCUGCAUGGAAACUACCAUCGCCCCCUGCACACCUCAAUAUGCAACAACUCAUCACUGCCAACAGGUGGAUUCAAACCUGAGAAGGUGGCUGUGGUUACAAAAACCACACGAUAUGAGUUCGAGCAGCAGAGGUAUCGCUAUGCAGGACUCUCUGAAGACGACCUGAGACAGCUACUUGCCAUGAAGGGCUCCAGCUACAGCGGCCUGCUGGAAAGACACAACAUCCACACCAACAAUGUGGAGCAUAUUGUGAAGAGCCUGAGGAAAGAAGGCAUCGAGGUGCGAGUGGUGAAGAGGGGAGAGUAUGAUGAAGAAGUCGUGCGAUGGGCAGAUGCUAUAAUCUCUGCUGGAGGUGACGGGACAAUGCUACUUGUUGCCAGUAAGGUUUUAAGCAAGGACAAACCGGUUGUUGGAGUAAACACGGACCCUGAGAGGUCAGAAGGUCACCUGUGCCUGCCCGUGCGGUACACUCGAGCCUUCCCUGAGGCUUUGCAGAAACUCUGCCGUGGUGAGUUCAGGUGGCUGUGGCGUCAGAGGAUCCGUCUGCACCUGGAGGGGACAGGGAUCAACCCCAUCCCGGUGGACCUGCACGAGCUGCAGCUGAGCCUGGAGCAGCACAGUCAGGCUCAUCGCAUCACCACCAAGGACAGCCAGCGGAGGAAAGGAAACGUGCAGGAGAGCUUCUCCAAGCCGAGUCUGCUCCCCAUCCGGAGCCUGAAUGAGAUCUUCAUCGGAGAAUCUCUGUCCUCCAGAGUUCACCUCCACAGGGCUUCCUACUACGAGAUCUCUGUGGAUGACGGGCCCUGGGAGAAACAGAAGAGUUCAGGACUCAGCAUCUGCACGGGAACAGGAUCCAAAGCCUGGUCGUAUAACAUCAACAAACUUGCCGAACAAGCUGUGGAGGAGGUGCUGAACAUUGGGAAAUCCCAGACCGGUCUAGAUAUCCCCUUUAAUCGGGACUUCAUUGGAAAGGUUACUGAUGAAUACAACGAGUCCCUGGUGUUCAGUCCGCACGACCAACGUUUAUUGUACAGCGUCAGGGAGCCGAUCGUCAACCGCGUCUUCUCCAGUAGCCGCCAGAGAGGCUUCGCCAGCAGGGUGUGUGUUCGCUCGCGGUGCUGGGACGCCUGCAUGGUGGUCGACGGCGGGACUUCUUUCGAGUUUAACGACGGCGCCUUCGCUACGAUCAGCAUGAGCGAGGAGGAUCAGCUCCGGACGGUUCUUCUAGAAAACUAAGCACACGCUAAUUUCAAACUGAGUUCAAAGGGAAGUACGGCUUUUAGAUUUUAGCUUCCUAAACGUGUUUUUUAUACCUGAGCAGCAGAAAGGUAUCAUUGUUACUUUUGUUUUUUGAAGCGUGUUCUUUUUCCUCAACUUAUUAUUUUCAAACUGAUUUUUUUCUUUUGUUUAAAAAUCCUUUGACAACUUUCCAACAUGUGAUAACGGCUGAUAUGAGUUUUUCUAGAAACUGUCAAACAUAUUUAAAGUCUGUUACGGUCGACUGUCUCUCACGGCGUUAAAGGAGCGAUAUGUAACUCUGACACCUAG